UGCAUGUUGUCUAUCAGAGGAAUGCCACGGAAGAUAGGGUUCGUUGUGAUUGACUCUUCAAGCCAUGAGGACAACUUCAGUGCCAAAGAACUGAUGGUCCAUGCUCCCACCAUCAGUGGCUGGAGAUCCUGCAGGCAGUGUUCCUUCCCGCAGCACAUCACCCUCCAGCUGGCAGAGAGAUGCAGGGUGAGGAAGCUGCAGCUGCUGGCUCACCAGUACCUGAUCCCAGCCAAGGUGGAGUUCCAUAUUGGAGACUCUCUCCCUGAGAGCAGCACUGCUGGGUUCCCCGGACAACUCCGCAGACUCGGGUAUGUGUCUCUGUCUGACAACCAGAAGAAUGGUUUCAAAGCUCGUGAGCUGAAGUCCGUCUACGUGGAUGCCAUUGGAACGUACCUGAAAGUAACCUUCCAUCGAAACCAUCCCAACCCCUGCAAUCACCACAAUCAGGUCGCUUUGGUUGCCAUUAAUGUUCUGGGAGAUUCUUUGGAAGGCAAUGCUUUUUACACACUUCCAAGCAGAGAGCAGCUGAUCGAACACUACCUCAACAGUACCCAGCUGGAAGCCGCCUUGGACACGACCUUCAUGGGUAAAUGUGACACCAUCUCCCCGCUGGAUGACCUGGCCUUUGACAUGUACCAGGACCCUGAAGUUGCUCACAUCAUUCGCCUUCUGGACCAGAAGAAGCAGGACAUGGUCCGGCAGGAGAAGUUUGAGCAGGUCAAGAAUCUGAAGCAGGCCAUUGCUGACCUGCAGAAGGUGGGGGAGCGUUUGGCUCGAUAUGAUGUGGAGAAGCGAUGUGCCAUCGAAAGGGAAGAUUACGACCUGGCCAAAAAAAAGAAGGAUCUGAUUGGGGAGUACAGGAGGAGUGUUUACCAGGAGCUGGAAUUCCACAACCUGCUGGACAUGACAAUGAUCCCAAAGGCAGCGAAUCUUUCCCCUUCAGAGACGGAAAGCCCCUUCUUGCCUUCAGCAGGCCAUCAGUUCCUCCCUGUCAGGCCUGUUGCAUUCCCAGACACAUUCAGGAAGGAGAAAAAAACCCAUCAAAGCCCAAAUUCACCUGCAGAAAACGUGGCUCCUAAAUUUAGCAACCCACCUGACUCUGCUCUCGCCUCGACUGCUGUACCCAAGAUGGAUAUCCGCGCCGCACCUUAUGAUGAAAGGCCACUGCCGGACCUUCAGAGGAGAGAACGCAUCGCGGAGGCCGUCCAGAGCCCAGCCGAGGAGCUCUCUCCCAAAUCUGACUCGCAAAAGCCUCCAGACAGCUCUGAGAUGAGUGGAGAGCCGGAGCCCCUGACAGAGGAAGCCCACAGAGAGGCCGGCCUACCAAUAGAAGUGUUUGGAGAGAGCUUGGUUGCUGGGUGUUAUUCUCGAAGGUGGCGCAACAGAGAGCACGCUCUGCAGUCUGUGCUCAAGAGGCUUCUGGAGGCUUCACCGGCCAGCCCCAAGGAGGAGCUGAGAAACACCGUCAGAGCUGCCGUCUUCCUGGUCAAGAAGGCGCUCCUGGAUAGAGCCACACCUGUUUUACAUGCCUCGCUGAAGCUGCUGCGGGCUUUGUUGGGCCAAGUAAUUCCAAGUCUUAACCUGGGCCGGCACGAGAUGACCUACUGUUUGGAGCAGACCUGGGCCAACCUGCUGGCCAGGAACGAAUACUGGACAAUACACCUUCGGACCACAAUCCCUGCCUUCAUACUGGAAAUUGCUGUUUUGAGUGAUGUCCGGGCCCUGCAGAUGAUCCCCUGUGAGCUGGUGAAGCCCUUCAAGUCCAACUUCAACCGUCGACUGGCUCAGAGUCAGGCCGAGCUGCUGGAGAAACUGCUGGCUGAACUGGGGACAGAAAACUCUGGCUUCACUGUGGAAAAUGUCCUCAAGUUCUGUACGUCGGCUCUGGAGCACGUCGCUACGAAUGUUCGAGAGGUGGCGGUGCGCAUCCUCUUAGCCAUGUACCGGCAGCACAGGAGCGCCGUUCGAGCCUCCCUUCCGCCCGACGAUUCCGUCACACGGAAGAACGUCCUCUACAAAACCCUCUUUGAUCACUUUGCCAGGAUCGAUGGAAAACUGGUGGAGACUCAGACUGCGAAGAACGGCCGCAGGCAGCAAGACGGCCAGAAGGAGAAGGAGGAGAUCCACUCCCUGCAGGAGCAGCUGGCUGCUUUGAAAGAAAUCACAGAAAGAGAGAGUAAAAGCACCGUCGAAGUCACAGACAACAGCGAAUCCCACAGAGUGGAAGAAGAGUCGCCGAAAGCUGGCAAAGCAAUUGACAGCGAAGACCCACAGAGCAAGUUAACAGACGAUGAAGAUAUUCAACAGUCUAUCCAGUAUCUGGACAACAUCUGCAUAUUCUGCGGUAAAAAGGAUGACUCGUUCACCGAGGACCGAUUGGACCUCCACUAUUGGAAACACUGCGCCAUGCUGCGGCGCUGCGAGCAAUGCGGACAGGUCGUUGAGAUAGCCGGCUUCACGGAGCAUCUGCUGGGCGAGUGUGAAAACAGCUCCAAGUUCAGCAGGUGCCCACGGUGCUCCGAGGCCGUGGCCGCCGACGGACUGGCUGACCAUGUCCGGGGUCCCAACUGCAACCCCCCCGUCUCAACGAAAGACUUCAACCACUGUCCUCUGUGUCACGAGAACUUCAUGCCUGGAGAGGAGGCCUGGAAGGCUCACCUCAUGGGGAGGGAGGGCUGUAAACAAAACUCACGGAGGACUGCGGCGUCUCAGAGAACUCAGCCAGCACAAGGGCGAGCAGUGGGCGGAGCCAAGACGAAGCCUUCCCGGACCCGGCCCGUGGGAAGAGGCAGCCGGAUCCCGUAUCUGACAGCUUCUCCCAAGGGACAAACACCAGGGAAGCGCUGACCCCAGAGACCCCAGGAGGAGAAACCCAUUGUAUUCCUGCAUGUCAGCACUUUAGGAACACUCCUGUGUGGUGGUUUUCACACGCAGCAUGCGUUUAAUAACCCAUUCAUCUCUGAUCAAACAGUCACCUUCACGAAAAUGUUUUCUCUGUCCAUUUCUGACUCUUUGCUUAAAUCCCACUUCACUUGUGGUCAGUUUUGAAGAGCAAAGUAUACUCGCCCUGAUUCACUCACACUACACACCUUGAGGAUGACACACCUGUGUGGCCGGUAAACAUGAGCACGCCAUGAGUGUGUUACUCAUAUCUCCUUACAGGAUGUCGAGGCCUCUUUUCUCUUUCCCUCCACUGCCAACCUCCAUGGAGGAACAGCUUAAAGGGUUAAUCCUAUAAGUUGCCCCUUGUUUCUGUUUUCUUGGAAUGACUCAGAGCAGACAUGACAUCAAACUGUCACAAAGGCAGUAACAAUGCGUUAUCAGUCAGGGGCUACUUUCCAACAAGGCAAUCAGCUCUUUACGGAAAUACCAAAGUAAAACUAAAGUCAUGCUCUCUGUCAUAAGUUUAUUUUCUCAAAGCUGAGAUAACCCUGGUUCUACAUCAUCAAGAUGUGUUACUCACACUCCUGUGUCCAUCUGCUUUAAAUUAAACUCUUGUUUUCCUCCAAAACUUCUCACAUCGAAUGCAAUGAAAGGAAAGUUUUGUAUUUUUUUUUCCAAUAUGAAUACUGAGGAGAGUGACCUCUUGUUCAGGGUCCGACUUCACAUGAACAUGAAAAUGCGUCAGGUGUUUAAUAUGUAAUGACUUCCUGCAUGUCGUCAGACAGCGACUGACACCGAGGCAGCAAUGAGAGGUGGAAGAGGCUCGAGGUUUAGUUACAAGCAGGAGACUUUCCUUCCUUGGCAACGUCCCAGCAGGAUUAUCCCGAAGUCAACAGAAGCAUUGACGGAGCGGUUUCACUUUUUACGCGGUUCCUUGUUUGUACUAAACAGUAUCAAAAGAAUGAAAUAGCACUUUGACAAGCAGAUGAUGGUUCACUGCUGAAUAUUUACCCAAACAUGGACUUAAUCCUGAUCAGGAGUGGCCUCAUCAUCAAAAUGAAUGAAUACAAAAUGGAGACGAAUGUACUGAAGACAUCAUUGUAUUUUUUAAAUGAAAUUCUAUUAGUCUUUCUAAGUAGCUAUAAAGUUUGAGCUAAAAGAAAAAGUGGCUUUUAACAAAUGCAGAGACAAAAAGCAGCUUCAAUCUUUUGACCUUCACAGUCGUCUUUGUACUUUUAUGACCCUUUUUCACAGUGUAAUGGUGACGUUGAUUGUGUAUCUGGUGGAAAGCUCAUCCCGGAAAGUUUCUGAGUGAUUUUGUCUUCAAAGAACUCUAAAUGUUAUCUGUGAACAUGGGUGUGUAUGUGAUGACUCAGAUGAUUGUUUCCAUGAGUUGAAAUGACUCAAGAGAUGCUGUUGUGCAAGAGGCUGUUUGUCUAUAUAUAAUGCAUUGGCUCAUGUUGUGUUUCAUGUAUAUGAUGAUGUGUCUAAGUAAUAAUUUUGGCAUCAAAUAGCUAUUUUUCUCUGCCUGUGCAUUUGUUUGGUCAAUAAAUCU